UUCACUGGUCCUCUAGUAGGAAAACAGACGCUCACCCGCCCAGUAGACCCGGGCCAGUGCUCCAGCUAGAAACUUCCACUCUUCCUCCGAACGUCAAACCUUCACCGUUGGGAUUGGGUUUUGGAAUACCAGCAAGUUUGAAGACAAACUCACAAACUUUCUAACAAACUUUCAUUCUUCAAGUUUUGUUAGCAUCGAAAAGCAGAAUGGAGGCAAGGUAUAAGAGAAAGAAUACCUGUGGAACGAUAUGUCUGAAAUAUCUCCUUUUCUUGUUUAAUGUUCUGUUCUGGGUGGCAGGUGGAACUGUUUUGGCAGUUGGAAUUUGGACCGUGGCGGAGAAGAGCGAUUACAUCAGUUUACUGAACUCCACCUUUUACUCCGCCUCGGCAUACAUCCUCAUCGCCACGGGGAUCAUCGUGGUGGUGACGGGACUGAUCGGGUGCUGUGCCACGCUGAGGGAGAUGAGAAAUCUUCUCAUUGUGUAUUUCAUCCUGUUAUUUUGUAUUUUCCUGCUGGAAAUCAUUGCUGGUGUGAUGGCCUACAUGAACUACCAAAAGCUGGACCAUGAGCUCAGGCAGAACCUGAGGUGGACCAUGCAGCAUAAGUACAAGCAGCCGGGGCAGGAAGGAGUCACCCAGGCCGUGGACAAGCUCCAGCAGGAGUUUAAGUGCUGUGGUAGCAACAGCUCCCUGGACUGGGCUGACAGUAUUUGGAUCCUAACCUCACAAAAUGCUAUGAUGGUGCCGGACAGCUGCUGUAAGACUCCCAGGGACUUCUGUGGCCAGAGAGACCACCCGUCCAACAUCUACAAGCUAGAGGGAGGCUGCAUCGGUCGGUUGGAGGAAUUCAUUCUGAGUCAGCUGCUUAUCCUAGGUGCAGUGGGAAUCGGCAUUGCCUUUCUUCAGCUGCUGGGGAUGAUGUUGACCUGCUGCCUUUAUCAACAUCUGAAAGAAGAUCGUUAUUCAGCCUGUUGUUUUUAAUAUGUGGUUGAAUUGAUGUGUAUUGGAAUACAUGAUCUCAUUCAUUAAUGUACUGUAUGAAGUUGUGAAGCCGAUCUUUUGACAUUGCAAUGAUGGUAUAUUUGUGAAGGAGCAAAGCUCAAUAGCAUAUUCCAUUACAUGG